CCUCUGCCAAACACUAGUUAUUAUCAGAGCCGGUCGAGAGGAGUCAGUCUAGAAAACAGAGCAGGAUGAGUUUACCGACCAGAGAGCAAUGUGAGGGAUGGAGUCCAGCGCAGGUCGCCGCUCUUCUGAGUCAGCACAAUCUGAAAGAGUGUGAAGAAGCUGUACAGAGACACAUGAUUAACGGCAGUCGCUUUCUGACGCUCUCUGUCGGUGACCUCAACAGAUUCAGCAUCAUUCAUCGGCCGCAGAUCCAAAAAAUCGUUCAAGACAUAAAAAAGAACGACGACAGCCUUUUCAACAGACUAAAAAGGUUUCAGAACGAACAAACAGCUAACAUUCUCAAAACUGGGAGAAAUACGCUGGACCGAAUCAAGAAGAAAAGACCUCCGAAAGUCCCAGUGCGAGACUAUCAAGGCGAAGCUCCGGAUUCUGAGAAAUACUCUGAUUCAGAUUUUGACAGCGAUACGUACGAGGACCCUCAGGACGAUCAUGAUGACAGCUACGAGCCUCCGCCGAGGCUUGAAGGACACACGAGGGCCUUUAAGGUCAGCUCGUCCAUCAGCAGCCCCAGAGCUGAGUAUGUGGACAGCUGUCGUGGUCGACCGGCAAAACCAAACCAUCCUUUCCAUGUGCAACAGAAGCCCAAACCCCCACGAGCGACCCACCGCAGCCUGCCAGAGGAAGAUGUUGGCGAUUACAUCCAGCCAGAAGAACCAACAGCUGAUGAUAAUUACAUUGACCCCAAUAAGAAAGCACUAACCAAGCCGCAGAUCAACAGAGCAGUCAAACCGUGGACUCCUGCUCGUGUGCACGCUCCGGAUUUCUGUGAGUUUCCUGAGAUGAAGGAGAAUUCUCACUCUAAGAUGAGCAGGAGUAACAGGACUCUACAACCAAACACACAUAUGGCGCCACCUAAAGCCAGUCCGCGAAUGAACAUCAGAAGGCCAUCAACUCCAGAACCACAGUCAGAGGACGAGUAUGAGGUGUGUGACGCAGACGACAAUGUCAAUGAGGAGAGCACAGAGGCCUGGAGACAAUCAAUGCCCACACCACAACCUAGAGACCUGAAGAAACCUAAUCCUGCUUUGACACCGAAACCAAACAUUGCUCACAGAGGCAGUGAAGCCACAUCUAUUAAAACAACACCAGCAACUAUAUCACGAAGCCCACCGGACACCAUGCCAAGCUCAACAGGGUUCCACCGAGCAAAAUACAUGCCUCAGCCUCAACAGCUUCCCGCCCAAAGUAGAGGCACGUUGCCUUCAGACGGCAGAUCAGCCAGAGAUGCUGAAGAGGAAGCUGGUGUGUAUAAAAAGGUUUGGUAUGCCAGCAAAUGUGACCGCAGGACAGCAGAGGACGCUCUCAUACGCUCAGCUGAGGACGGCUCUUUUCUGCUCAGGAAGAGCUCUGGUGUGGACACACAGCAGCCGUACACACUGGUGGUGUUUUAUAACAGCCGAGUUUACAACAUCCCUGUCCGCUACAUCGCAUCCACCAAACAGUAUGCUUUGGGGAAAGAAAAACAAGGAGAGGAGCGCUUCAGCAGUGUCUCAGACAUCAUUGAGAACCACCAGAAGAAUCCUCUAGUGCUGGUCGACUCUCAAUGCAACACCAAAGACUCCACCAAACUCAGACACGCAGUCAAGCCAUGAGACAUUCAGGACACACAUCACUGCAUUGAGAGAGAAGAGUUUCACAUCUUACCUUGAGAGAUGAUGGAAACAGAUCUACGCGUGCACAGCUGGGACUUGCUGCUACUUUUAUAACUUAUUUUGCUGGCUGACAGGUUGCUUUUGGAAGAAGCAGUAGCAAACCGUCUCGGAAAACUGAGAGAACAGCAAUGUUGUACAAGAUACGCAAAUAUGGUACAGCUGUACAGUUUAUAAUAUGUCUUUGGGUGUAUGAAUCUUUGUAUUUAAACAUUGCUUUGCAUUGCAUUGUGUUGAGUAAAAUAAAUAAAAAAAAGUCUUCUUU